AUGAUUGUGAUAUAUAUGAAAACGAUUGCCUCUUUAAAAAGUUCGCAUACAGAGACGAGAAAAACAUCAAUAAACAUUAAGAAACGACAUCACGAAGAUAAUCUUUAUUCAUCAACCGAUAGUGGUGGUGGUAAUGUUACAACACAUUCUGUACCAAAACGAAUGGCAACAAGAUCGAAUGCUCAAUCAAAUUCGACAAAUAAUUUACCAGUACCUGGAAAUUAUUCUCCUCCAAGUUCGAAUGAAUCUGAUUCAUCAUCGUCAAUAAAUUCAAUAUCAUCAUCAAAUUCGAUUCAUUCUCAAUUAUGUACAUGUCCGAAUCUCGAUUGUGUUAUUCAUGAUCGUCGACAUCCAAUUAAUGUUCCUCUUGAAUUAACAACAAGUUUAAAUCCAACUUAUGCAAAUAAUAAUCUUUUACUUUAUUAUGCACAUCUAGAACGAUGUAGACGAUACGGACAAAAUAUUCAUCAACAUACAUCUUCAUCUUAA